AUGGAUCCCUUCUUAAAGCUUCCGUGGUUCGCCCUCAAGGCGAUCCUCAUCGAACUACCAGACCUGCCCACCCUGCAUCGGCUGUACCAGGCGUCACCGACCAUAGCUGAUUUCUUGAACAACUUCGACGGAAUGUUUUCGGAGGUCGUGGAAGGCAUCCUCACUAACCAGCCGACUUGCUACAGUCCCUCGAUGCAAUUCUCCUUCCGCUGCUGUGUUUACCUGUGGUGGCGUGCCGAGGGACCGCACAAUGACAAUCCCCUGCCGGAAGCGUUUGGCCUCUUCAUGGAAGAUCUGACGUUCCAUCUUCCAAGGUUUAUCACUGAACAGAUCCUGGUCGGUAAUCUGCGAAUCAUCCCUGAGAUCAACGAGACUUUUCGUGAAUCCUGCGGACGACGCCCUCUUCCCAGAUCGGCUCCGGCAACAUACCUCGUUCGACUCCUGGAAUUAUCCAGCUACGUCCGCAUGAGAACACACAAGUGCUUUCACAACAUGCUUAUCCGUUGCAUGAGUGUUACACCCCAGGAAUGCCUCGAAAGGAUUGGGCCACUGUGGCCCGGAUUCAGCCCUCCCAUGCCAAUCGACAUCGGCCCACCGUCCUGGAUCGAGGAGCAACGCAUCAUGGUUGCUACAGUGGCAUACCAGAUCUUCUUUGAACUCAAGGAGGCCGUCGCUAGAGGUACGUUCACAGUAGGUCCCAGCGAGUUCCACAAAAGAUGUCUCAACGAGAACAGGGUUCGAGAUUUUUGGGCCAAGCCUAUUGACCCUCCCCCCGGCAGCAUGCUACGUUUCCUCAUGCUCCACGCACGCGAUUCCAUAAUCGCCGUCGUGGACUGGGCCCAUACCUUCUUCGAACUCGAGGAACCCGGAACGAGUGUCUCGUCAAGCUGGGCUUCAUAUUGCUGCCCAGAGACGCGCGUUGCUCCCAGACUGCAGUACAUGGGCCUUCAGUCCCUCAAUUGGAAUCCAGGUAGCAUCGGAACUGUACUGUGCUCGUCACACCACGACUUGUACAGAGAGGUAGGUUUCCCGUUCUGGUCUAACCAAAGAUUGCUUGCUAUGGGAUUCGAAGUUAUUCUCAACAGGCCGCACAAUGUGCCGUUGCUUGGGGUUCCGCUUUGGCAGAACUGGGCUGCCAUGGCCCUAGGUAUUGAUGACGAUGGGUUCUGA